GCGGGCGUCCGAGGGAGCUCCGGGAGGAGGAGGAGGAGGAGGACGAAGACGAGGAGGAGGCGGUGGGAGGCGGCGGCCGCCGGGGGACCCGCUCCGCGCCUCGGCCUCUCCGCCCCCUCCCCAGCCUUUCUCCUGCCCUCUUCUCUCAGACUUCGGGCCGGCGCCUCGGCUUUGUGCGAGGAGAUGGUGUAGCCCCCCGGCCGCCGCCGAGGGAGGAGCCGGAUACUUGUCUCGCGGCUCGGAGCUGCGUCCCCGCCCCUGGAGCAGAAGCCCCCUCAGCUCGCGCCUCCCGCGUCUCCCGGCUGCUGGGGAAGCCUCGGCGCCGCCGGCACCAUGAGUGAACAGAGUAUCUGUCAGGCAAGAGCUGCUGUGAUGGUUUAUGAUGAUGCCAAUAAGAAGUGGGUGCCAGCUGGUGGCUCGACUGGGUUUAGCAGAGUUCACAUCUAUCACCAUACGGGCAACAACACAUUCAGAGUGGUGGGCAGGAAGAUUCAGGACCAUCAGGUUGUGAUAAAUUGUGCCAUUCCUAAAGGGUUGAAGUACAAUCAAGCUACACAGACCUUCCACCAGUGGCGAGAUGCUAGACAGGUGUAUGGUCUCAACUUUGGCAGCAAAGAGGAUGCCAAUGUCUUCGCAAGUGCCAUGAUGCAUGCCUUAGAAGUAUUAAAUUCACAAGAAACAGCCCAGAGCAAGGUUACUGCUACCCAGGACAGCACUAAUUUGCGAUGUAUUUUCUGUGGGCCAACAUUGCCUAGACAAAAUUCACAACUACCUGCCCAAGUUCAGAAUGGCCCAUCCCAAGAAGAAAUGGAAAUUCAAAGAAGGCAACUACAGGAGCAGCAAAGACAAAAGGAGCUGGAGCGGGAAAGGCUGGAGAGAGAAAGAAUGGAGCGGGAAAGGUUGGAGAGAGAGAGGUUAGAAAGAGAAAGGCUGGAGAGGGAGCGACUAGAGCAAGAACAGCUGGAGAGAGAGAGGCAGGAGCGGGAGCGGCAGGAGCGGCUGGAGCGGGAGCGGCUGGAGCGGCUGGAGCGGGAGCGGCAGGACCAGUUAGAGAGGGAGCAGCUGGAGUGGGAGCGCGAGCGUGAACGCAGAGUCUCCAGUGCUGCUCCAUCUCCAGACAGCUCCCUGUAUAGCGCUCCACUUCCUGAGUAUUCCAGUUGCCAGCCUCCUUCGGCACCUCCUCCAUCAUACGCUAAAGUCAUCUCAGCUCCAGUGUCAGAGGCCACUCCUGAUUAUGCCGUAGUGACUGCUUUGCCACCUACUUCCACACCCCCUACACCACCACUGCGACACUCAGCGACACGUUUUGCAACAUCUUUAGGUUCAGCCUUCCACCCCGUUCUUCCCCAUUAUGCUACAGUUCCUCGUCCUGUGAACAAAAACUCUCGACCUUCUUCUCCUGUGAACACACCCUCUUCUCAGCCUCCGGCUACGAAGCCCUGUGCCUGGUCUACUUCCAAUUUUUCGCCCCUCCCUCCAUCUCCUCCAAUAAUGAUUAGCAGCCCCCCAGGCAAAGCUACUGGUCCAAGGCCUGUCCUCCCUGUUUGUGUUUCUUCUCCUGUGCCCCAAAUGCCUCCAUCACCGACAGCUCCCAAUGGGCUGCUUGACUCUGUAACAUAUCCAGUGUCUCCACCGCCUACCUCAGGGCCAGCAGCUGCCGCCACCGCCACCGCACCGCCACCGCCGCCGCCGCCACCACUGCCUUCCCUCGCAUCACUCUCACACUGUGGAUCUCAAGCUUCUCCUCCUCCAAGCACCCCUAUUGCCUCAACUCCCUCAUCCAAGCCUAGUGUUCUCCCUUCUCCCUCUGCAGCUGGCCCUGCCUCUGUUGAGACUCCUCUAAACUCUGUGCUGGGAGACUCCUCUGCUUCUGAGCCAGGCUUGCAGGCAGCCUCUCAGCCGGCCGAGACUCCAGCCCAACAGGGCAUUGUCUUGGGACCACCUGCACCUCCCCCUCCUCCCCCCCUCCCAUCAGGUCCUGCCCAGGCAGCGCUCCCUCCUCCCCCUGGACCCCCUCCUCCCCCUCCACUGCCUUCCUCUGGGCCUCCACCACCACCUCCCCCUCCCCCUCUUCCUAAUCAAGUGCCCCCUCCUCCACCACCACCUCCUGCCCCUCCCCUCCCUGCAUCUGGAUUUUUUUCCGGAUCCAUGUCAGAAGACAAUCGACCUUUAACUGGACUUGCAGCUGCAAUUGCUGGAGCUAAACUUAGGAAAGUGUCACGGGUGGAGGAUGCCUCCUUCCCCAGUGGAGGGAAUACCAUUGGUGUGAACUCAGUGUCAUCUAAAACAGAUACGGGUCGUGGAAAUGGACCCCUUCCUUUAGGGGGUAGUGGUUUAAUGGAAGAAAUGAGUGCCCUGCUGGCCAGGAGGAGAAGAAUUGCUGAAAAGGGAUCAACAGUAGAAACAGAACAGAAAGAAGACAAAAGUGAAGAUUCGGAGCCUGUAACUUCUAAGGCCUCUUCAACAAGCACACCCGAACCAACAAGAAAACCUUGGGAAAGGACAAAUACCAUGAACGGCAGCAAGUCACCUGUCAUUUCCAGACCAAAAUCUGCACCCUCAUCACAGCCCAGUGCCAAUGGAGUCCAGACAGAAGGACUUGACUAUGACAGACUGAAGCAGGAUAUUUUAGAUGAAAUGAGAAAAGAAUUAACAAAGCUAAAAGAAGAGCUCAUUGAUGCAAUCAGGCAGGAACUGAGCAAGGCAAAUACUGCAUAGAGAAACAACCUAUGGAGAGACAGGACUUUAAUCUGGAGAAGAAAUAUUCCUACGAACAACUGUUAACAGCAAACCCCUACAUAUUGUGAGCUCAAAGAAGAAAGUAGAGACAGAAGGAGGGAAAACCAACACGUUCUGAAGCCUUCAGAUAUGACUGGCAACAAGCUAGUUCCCUCCCAGUUUGCUGCUUUUUUUUUUUUUUUUUUUUUUUUUAAACUUU